AUGACUAGUGCGUUCUCUUCAUUAAUGCAAUGCAAAUUUUAUGCUCGUGGUGAUUGUCGAAAUGGCGACCAGUGUCCAUUUGUACAUACUACUGAACCAGAGACGAAAGAUUCUCCGCAGUCGCAUACCAAAAUUGCGAGCUUUACAUCGAAUCCAUACAAGUAUUACGCACAGGCACAAAGUCGUCCUGUUAAUACUAACCAUAAUACACUUGCACAGUUUGCUGAUCAAAGUCGUUGGAAAUGGGUUUCACCGAAACUGAAGCAAACAAACGAAGCAAAAAAAAAGCCAUCAUCUGAUAUCAGUGAGAUACAUGAUGAUAAAAAACUUAGUGUUGAAGUCAAUAGUUCUAACCAUGACGUCGUUUCAAAUGAAGUAGAAGCAGGAAAUAUAUCUAUCACAGAAAUUUAUAUGGGCAUAAAAAAUAGAUCGGCGGCAGAGAUAAGUUCAAAGGAAUUUGAAGAAUUCUUGCAACAUAACGAUUACGACUAUAAUUUUGAUGACGAAUCACACUAUUCUAACAUAAAGGACUUAAGUGCCGAGCAAAUUAAACAGUUUGAAGCAGAUCACUUUGAUUACGGUCAAGUGCCAGUAGUUCCACCUCCUAAAGAAUUUUGUUGA